AGUUUUUCUUCUUCCAAUUCCAAUUCCAAAACUCUCGAAGGAGCGACCGAAAGACGAAAGCACUUACAAAAAUAGAAGCGACGGCAUCGAAUUUAAUAAAGAUGCCUCCUUCUAAAAGUGCCAACUCUGGCCAGGUUAUUGAAUAUAUUCCAGACCGCCUUUACCUAGCAUCCUAUCUUCAUCCUCCCACCGCCGAAACCGUCUUUCCAUACCCUGAGCCUCCAACUCGCUCGCCAGGCAAACGAUCGCAAAGAGCCGUCGAUGGUCCUGCUCCUGUUUCGUCCCGGUCCGACCGACACCCUCCAUACUACUUUACUGUAGACGACACCCUUCUUUACAACGCUUUUCACCACGACUUUGGCCCGCUUCACAUUGGUCACCUGUAUCGAUUUGCUCUACACUUUCAUGAUGUCCUUGGCGCGAAGGAAAACCAACACAGACCCAUUGUAUUCUGGAGUCGAGCGGACCCGAGGAGCCGGGCAAACGCUGCUUGUUUACUUGCAUGCUACAUGGUUUUGAUUCAGUCAUGGCCACCUCACCUUGCCCUCGCACCAAUUGCGCAGAUCGACCCUCCUCUAAUGCCCUUCCGAGACGCCGGUUAUAGCCAGGCAGAUUAUGGUAUCACAGUACAAGACAUUGUAUACGGUGUUUGGAAAGCCAAAGAGGAAGGUUGCUGUGUCCUGGAUAACUUCGACCUUGAUGAGUACGAGAGGUUUGAACGAGUCGAACAUGGCGACUUCAACUGGAUCACUCCUCACUUCCUCGCAUUUGCUUCUCCCCAGCACACCCCUACAGCACGUAUCUCGGAAUCAUCGGAGGCGUAUGCUUCUUUGCCAAAAACAUUAUCUGCCCUGGAUGCUCAUCCAACUCUCCCACAGCCAUUCAAGAACGUUUUGAAGCACUUCUCCGAACGCAAUAUUGGGUUAGUCGUGCGACUUAACUCUCCUCUCUACUCACCCUCAUUCUUUGAGGCCUUGGGUAUCCAACACCUUGACAUGAUUUUCGAGGAUGGUACUUGCCCUCCAUUAAGCACCGUUCGCAAAUUCAUCAAGCUUGCGCACGAGACGAUCACAGUUAGGAAGAAGGGGAUUGCGGUCCACUGUAAAGCUGGUCUUGGAAGAACUGGUUGCCUGAUUGGAGCAUACCUAAUAUACCGCCAUGGCUUCACCGCCAACGAAAUCAUUUCUUUCAUGCGAUUCAUGCGUCCUGGUAUGGUUGUUGGACCUCAGCAACACUGGCUACACAUUAACCAAGGAAUCUUCCGGGAAUGGUGGAUUGAAGAGAGAAUUGAGAGAAGGCUGAGGAAAGAGCUCGCUGCGAACCCGCCGCCUAGUACGCCGAUACGGGCAAUGCAGAAGACCUCUUUGGGGCGAACCGCUCAAGCGACCACUCCCCCCAGCCGAAGCCCAUCGAACCGUACACCUCUCGGUGAGAUGGACGAUGAGCGACGAAACGCCGGUACCCAGGAAGAUUACCUACCUGCCCCGACUCCAGGUCAACCUCGAAAGACUAGCCGAGUAGAUCGCCACCACCCCUACCAACGAAGCGUGUCCCAACACCCUACCGUAGAGGAGGAGCAUGAAGGAACUGAGAGGAAAUCCGAAUCCUCCGUGCACAGAAGAUCCAAUGACGGUGAGUCCGAGGAAGAAACGUAUCUGCGCAUGCGAAGCCACCGAAAAGCCUCGCAAUCACCCGGCCGAAGUGAAACUAUCAGGUCCGUGAGUCAGAGCACCACGACAACGAUCUAUCAAGUCAUUGAUAAUGACGCAUCAAACGACGCUGAGAAUGUUGGAUGUAGUCGACCAAAGACGAUCGUUGAUCACAUUACCGGCUCACCAACGCGAUCAGCAAGCGCUUCCGGUGUAUUGACUAAGGUCAGAGGAAGCAAGCGAUCGAACGAGUCGGCUCGUACCAAAGAGUCUGGUGUGCGAAAGACUAGCGGGCGCGUUGGUAGCAUCAACACCAACUCCGGUGCCAAUUCGACAGUUCGUAAGGUCUCUGCGAUAUAGGAAGCUGAGGUCUUACAAUCACCAACUUCGGUAUGAAUGAAUUGAAUAAUGUACGAUUCGAUGCUAUGGCUUUUACGGCAUGUCGAACUAUAAUUGAACCCCGCGGACAACUAUUUUCACGAUGAUGACAAUGACGAUCGGGUCACGGUUCUCUGCAUAUUGCGUUUGGCGUUUGGGAUCA